UCAGCCCCAGCGGCAGCCCCCGCAGUCACUGGAGCUGCCGCGCCCGCCGCAGGGAGGGAGGAGCGUCUGGGGAGGCUCCAAGUUGGCGGAGCGACUGGGACCCCCGGACUCUUCAGCAGCCACCCCGGGAGGGGCUGAGAGGCGAGCAGGGGAGGGGGCGCCGCCCAGCCCCUAGCCCCGAGCUCCGAGCCCCCUGUCCGCGGCCGCACCAUGCGCGCCGAGCCGGCGUGACCGGCUCCGCCCGCAGCCUUCCCCGCAGCCUAGCCCGGCGCUCUCGCUGGCCACACCGAGCGGCGCCCGGGAGCUAUGAGCCAUGAAGCCACCCGGCAACAGCUCCAGGCGGCCGCCCGUGGAGGGCUGCAGCCUCCCCCGAGCCUCCAGCUGCUCCCUCGGCGGCCCCGCCGGCCCGGCGCCCAUCCGCGCCCCGGCCCGCGCGCCGCCCUGCCGCCUGCUCCUCGUACUUCUCCUGCUGCCUCCGCUCGCCGCCUCAUCCCGGCCCCGCGCCUGGCGGGCUGCUGCACCCAGCGCUCUGCAUUGGAAUGAAACUGCAGAAAACAAUUUGGGAGUCCUGGCAGAUGAAGACAACACAUUGCAACAGAAUAGCAGCAGUAAUAGCAGUUACAGCAAUGCAAUGCAGAAGGAAAUCACACUGCCUUCAAGACUCGUAUAUUACAUCAACCAAGACUCGGAAAGCCCUUACCAUGUUCUUGACACGAAGGCAAGACACCAGCAAAAACAUAACAAGGCUGUCCAUCUGGCCCAGGCAAGCUUCCAGGUUGAAGCCUUCAGCUCCAAAUUCAUUCUUGACCUCACACUGAACAAUGGUUUGCUGUCUUCUGAUUAUGUGGAGAUUCACUACGAAAAUGGGAAACCACAGUACUCUAAGGGUGGAGAGCACUGUUAUUACCAUGGAAACAUCAGAGGUAUCAAGGACUCCAGGGUGGCUCUGUCGACCUGCAAUGGACUUCAUGGUAUGUUUGAAGAUAAUACCUUUGUGUAUAUGAUAGAACCACUGGAGCUGGUUCAUGAUGAGAAAAGCACAGGUCGACCACACAUAAUCGAGAAAAGCUUGGCAGGACAAUAUUCUAAGCAAAUGAAGAAUCUCAGUAUGGAAAGCAGUGACCAGUGGCCCUUCCUAUCUGAAUUACAGUGGUUGAAAAGGAGAAGGAAGAGAGCAGUGAAUCCAUCUCGUGGUGUGUUUGAAGAAAUGAAAUAUUUGGAACUUAUGAUUGUUAAUGAUCACAAAACGUAUAAGAAGUGUCGCUCUUCUCAUGCGCAUACAAACAACUUUGCAAAGUCUGUGGUCAACCUUGUGGAUUCAAUUUACAAGGAGCAGCUUAAUACCAGGGUUGUCCUGGUGGCUGUAGAGACCUGGACUGAGAAGGAUCAUAUUGACAUCACCACCAACCCUGUGCAGAUGCUCCACGAAUUCUCCAAAUACAGGCAGCGUAUCAGGCAGCAUGCUGAUGCUGUGCAUCUCAUCUCGCGUGUGACAUUCCACUAUAAGAGAAGCAGCCUGAGUUACUUUGGAGGUGUCUGUUCUCACACAAGGGGAGUUGGUGUGAAUGAGUAUGGUCUUCCAAUGGCAGUGGCACAAGUAUUAUCGCAGAGCCUGGCUCAAAACCUUGGAAUCCAAUGGGAACCUUCUAGCAGAAAGCCAAAAUGUGACUGCACAGAAUCCUGGGGCGGCUGCAUCAUGGAGGAGACGGGGGUAUCCCAUUCCAGAAAGUUCUCAAAGUGCAGCAUUUUGGAGUAUAGAGACUUUUUACACAGAGGGGGUGGUGCCUGUCUUUUCAACAGGCCAACAAAGCUAUUUGAGCCCACAGAAUGUGGAAAUGGAUAUGUGGAAGCUGGGGAGGAGUGUGAUUGUGGAAUCCAUGUGGAAUGCUAUGGAUUGUGCUGUAAGAAAUGCUCUCUCUCCAAUGGGGCCCACUGCAGCGACGGGCCCUGCUGUAAUAAUACCUCAUGUCUUUUUCAGCCGCGAGGGUAUGAAUGUCGGGAUGCUGUGAAUGGGUGUGAUAUUACCGAAUAUUGUACUGGAGACUCUGGCCAGUGCCCACCAAAUCUUCAUAAGCAAGAUGGAUAUGCAUGCAAUCAAAAUCAGGGCCGCUGCUACAAUGGGGAGUGCAAGACGCGGGAUAACCAGUGUCAGUACAUCUGGGGAACAAAGGCUUCGGGGUCUGACAAAUUCUGUUAUGAAAAGCUGAAUACAGAAGGCACAGAGAAAGGCAACUGCGGGAAGGAUGGAGACCGAUGGAUCCAGUGCAGCAAACACGAUGUGUUCUGUGGAUUUUUACUCUGUACCAAUCUUACUCGAGCUCCACGUAUUGGUCAACUUCAGGGUGAGAUCAUCCCAACUUCCUUCUACCACCAAGGCCGGGUGAUUGACUGCAGUGGUGCUCAUGUGGUUUUAGAUGAUGAUACAGAUGUGGGCUAUGUAGAAGAUGGAACACCAUGUGGCCCAUCUAUGAUGUGUUUAGAUCGGAAGUGCCUACAGAUUCAGGCCCUAAAUAUGAGCAGCUGCCCUCUCGGUUCCAAGGGUAAAGUCUGUUCCGGCCAUGGGGUGUGUAGUAAUGAAGCCACCUGCAUCUGUGAUUUCACCUGGGCAGGGACAGACUGUAGUAUCCGGGAUCCAGUUAGGAGCCUGCACCCCCCGAAGGAUGAAGGACCCAAGGGUCCUAGUGCCACCAAUCUCAUAAUAGGCUCCAUCGCUGGUGCCAUACUGGUGGCAGCUAUUGUCCUUGGGGGCACAGGAUGGGGAUUUAAAAAUGUCAAGAAGAGGAGGUUCGAUCCUACUCAGCAAGGCCCCAUCUGAAUCAGCGGCACUGGAUGAACGGCAUCUCGCACUGUUGGAUUCUGGGUAUGACAUACUUGCAGCAUCGUUGCCGGAACUAUUAAGUCUGUAAACAAAAACACUGGGUGGUAAUGACUACAGAACUAAAGUUGGGGUGACAGGGAUGGGGUAAAAGAAAACUGUCCUUUUUGGAAAUAAUUUCAAAGAACCCCCUCCCACCACCUGUCAAUAAAAGGGAGCAAAAGACAAUGUUAUAAAAAGAACGAUUUCAGAAUCUUUUUUUUUUCCAAUGAAAGGAAGAAGGAACAACAACAAAAAUUAAGUGCAAUAAAAGAACCAUUAAAAAAUAGCAAAUGUUUUUUUCUUUCCUCAGCCUGUUGGCACUUUAUAUCUUCUAAAUGGUUUGGCAUGAUUUGUUUUUUCUUUUCCUACCAAUGACACACUCCGGUGGCAUGAAGAUCAAAGGGCAAAAUCUGCAUGGCAUAUAUACAACAAGCAGCUAGCAAGCCAAUCCACAGCAAAACCUGCAACUGAAUUCCUAAGGUGAAGGUGACAGAUGAGCCCAUGGAAGCUGCCUGACCCCCAGCCCCCUAGUCUAGACCAGGCCACGAGGAGCUCCACACACCCUUGCUCUUGUUGAUUCACUUUCCCGUUGUCUUUUCUCCUGGACCGAGCAUCCUUUGGAAAUGGGAGCUGGAAUUUGAACAAUGAAGCUAUUGUAUAGUUCUUUUAUAAAUGUAAAUAUGGAAAUAAGAGAUUUUGACACAUCAUUUUCACUUGUCUGUACUGAAAUAUUUCUCUUGUAAAGGUUCUCUGUAAAUUUGAGUUUAUUGUUUGCUCCCCAUCUUUUUGGGUUCUUUUCUCUAUUUCUUUUUGUCUCUGUCCUUCUCUCUUGUAACAUGUUGUACAGUGAUUCCUAGGUUUGCUUAAAAAAAGACAGAUGUGGCCACAGAUUCAGGGAUUUGGGGCACAAAACAGGUACAAUUAAAAAAUGAAAUGCUUGAAUGAGCUGAAAUGCUUGAAACCAAAAAUAAACAAAGGGUGGGGGACACAAAGAACAAAAUAACCCAUAUGAAAAAUAUAAAAAUUAUGUAAAUGCAAAUAUAUGUACUAAGUCUUUAAAUUUUUUUGAUGUCAUUAUAAACAUAUGUAUAUAAUGUAAGAAAGUAGACACCCUCUCAAAUUAAUCACAAAAGUGCCAAGCUCAUGAUUUUAGUUUUUGGUUCUGACAGUUUUCUUUCCCUGUCUUCAAUGUGAAAGGAGGAUAAACUUAAAGCCUUAAAUUAAAAAAUAAUUUUUAAAUGUUGAAAGCUUGAGGAAGAAGUUAAGCUUUCCAUUUUAUUCAUAUCUAUUAUUGUCAAUAUUUCAUUCAUGCUUUCAACUUCCUGCCUCAAAAUAUAUAUGGUAGAUACCCACUGUAAAGCUGGUAAUGGGGACAGAAACAACAAUUACCUUCCUGUGAGCAUUGUUAAAAUAGGCUUUACUUCUGUGUGUUGUAUUUUCAACAAACCAUGUUUGGCCCACAGUGUAUGGCCAGUCCGUGGAAUGUUGCGCUGGAUUACAACAGGAUUCUACUAUAUACAAAUUCACACCCUUCUUUGCCCUCCAGGCAGAUUUGCAGAUGUAAUCUGGGUUCCCAGGUCCCUCUAAAUUUAAUUCACUGUCAUUGAAUUCUUCUUCCAUUUAUGGUCAAGAUAGCUUUUGUUCAAGUGUUAAGUAUAUACGUUCAUAAAGAAAUUUGGUCCCAGCUUUGUUUUGAAUGUAAAAACUUGUACAUGAUCCUUUCUGUGAGCAUUCUUCUAGAGAUGAGUUUUACUGAAGGCCCCCAAAGAGCCCACACUUCUUUAAUGUCCUGUUUUUAGAAACAGGACAUCCAAUUGUACUAGUCACUUCUUCAUGACAACCAAAUUAGUUGCUAGAUUGAGCUUUAAAUUCCUCUUCAGCGAGAUUCAUGACACUAGUCUCACCACUCUUGCUUGGACUUUGCAAAGGAUUAAGUCCUAAAAAUGUACUGCUUAAACAGUGGGGGUUUCCCCAAGUUAUCUUUAAUUGUGGAAGUAUCACAAUCAUAGAGCAGAAACCUUAAUUUCUAUAUGCUACAAUAAACCAUAACCUAACAUCUUAAUCCUGUUACUGCUUUCUGAGUCCUAGGUGCUACACAGGUAUGCAGUCUUUCUCUAGAACUAGCUGUAUGUUUAUAUUGUACUAACAGGGCUACCUACAAGGUUUAUCAGCCUUACUCUUGGCUUCAUAAGACACAGGGUGUAUCCCUCUACCAAGCGGCAUUGGCUCUUAGAGGAAGCUUGGAGGAAACUCAGAUUACUCGGCAUCUCUUCCUGUCACCACAUUGUUUAUAUCUCUCUGUUGCUGGGUCCUAUUCAUUAGUGGAUACUUAGCUGCUGCUGAGUCCACCGUACACAUUUCACUGCUGUUCCAGAGGCACCACUGGUGACUUAAUAGAUACAAAACCAUGGUAGUGCAAACAAGUUAAAUCUAUUGUUAACUUUUGAGCAUUUCACAAACAACAUUGUAAAUGUGCGAUGUUAUGUUUUAAAUCAGACCACAGUGGUCCCCAAAUAUUAUGUACAUAUGGCAAAUGUCAGUGUAACUUUUUGUUAGACUGGCAAUUUCAUAGGUAACGAAACCUAUGCUCCAGUGUUAAAUUAUUUGUGUGUAUAUGUAAAAUACACAAGCUUUAAGCUAUCUGUGUAUGACUACGAAAGAUAAUGCAACCAUACCAGUUGUGAACAGUGGAUUAUAGUUAUUUUUGAUGGUAUUAGGUUAUGUAGUUUCAAACUCUGUUGUAUUUUCUCUUGCAUAUGCCAUUCAUUUGCUGAUUCUUGUGGUGUGAAUAUGCCUUUUUAUUCCUUUGAGCUCAAAACACAAGCAUAUCACUGUUUAAUGUUACCCAACAAGAGUUAGUGUUAAGUGAUGACACGUUCCCAUUUCACCUGCUUACUUUUGCUACAUUAAUUAAUGACACAUGGAUGAGGAGAUGUGCGCUGACUUCAUUGCUCACCCUGGGAUACUGCAUGAGCCCAUCAAAUUAGAGCUACUCCUAUUAGAUAAAUGAGCAGUACACAUAAGUGCAUGUUAUAAAACAUGAAUCACGUAGAGCUGUGGAGUUCUACCAAGUGGUAUGUGUGUGGGUUUAGUUUCUGUUUUUCUUUUUUUACUAUGCAAAGAUGGGGAAUGCACAAAAUUCUCAAAGACUAGUGUCUGCAGAACUUUCCAAACAGUACUUGAACCCUUUCUUUAAAGUAAUCCCAUCAUAUUUUAUAGCCAUUAUUGCUUCCAUUGUUAAUUUUUAUUUUUAAAUAGUUUCCAGUUUUUUAAGUGCACAACCUGAAGUUUUGUUGGAAGUUAAUAAAUUCAUUCAUACCUUGUUGGCUGUCUAUGGAUGGAGAUUCAGUAGUCAUUGUAUGCAUCUGUAGUCAAGUGUAUAUUAAAACUUUUGUUAACAUUGAGUGUUGUAGCUUUUUACUUUGAUCAUUUUUCUUAAACCCUUUUUCUGUGUUCUCUUGUAUUGUUGAUUAAGUGGCUGUGCACGUGACACGAUCAAGAGUUUUAGCACUGGUCUCUUAAUCAAAGGCUGGCUAAAAAUUUAAUCAGUCAAUGGAGCAAAAUAAAAUCUCUGAUGAAUGAUAAA